GUCUUUUUCAUAUAAAUACCCCAUUACGUUUUAUCCGCUUCCUCUCUUCUCUGCAUAUCUUUUUUUCCACACACACUCUCUCUCACCUUUUUUAUAACCACCAAAUGACAGGAGCUACCCUGGCACCUCCCAACACCACCACCAAUGGUGUGAACAAGACUCAUACUACCGUCGACGAUGGUGGAUACAACGCCAACGUGUUUGCUGGCAAGGAAGAACAGAUGGUCCAAGUCUGCGAGUAUCUCGAAAAGUCUGGCUUCUUGCCCCAGGCUUUGGUCCAGAAUGAAGUAUCGUGGUUCUACGGAAACCUUGGUAUUGAUGACUUUUACUUUGCGCUGGAAUCGGUCGAGACCAUUGCCAAUCACAUCAUGUCCCUCUAUGGCGCCAAGAUCCUUGCUUUUACAAAGCACGAGAAUGCCCUGGCCAUCAACCUUGAGAAAGAAUCCGAGGACUCUUCCAUCUAUAUCCACUCGUCUGAGCCUGGUAUUUCCCAAUUGCAAGGUCCGCAAUGUGAAAAGAGAAUUGACGAGCAUUACCUGGACCCAUCCACUGCAUCCUCCGCUUACCGUGUCGAAUCCUAUCGUUCAUCCCCCACCGUCUCCAACGCUAUGACCCCUCAACUCCGCUGCUAUUUUGUCACAAAGUGCCAAUUUGUCAACCCAUCCCCCACGCCUGAACAAGAAACCGACAUCAAGCAGGUUGCCGACCAAAACUUUUUGAAAAAGGCCACCGACUACACCCGCACAAUCUAUGAGGAUGUCAUGCGAAAUGUGCUGCAACGCACCGGCCCCGUGAUUGAAAUGUACGAAGUCAAGGGCACACGCGAGCGUCGUCUCGUGAUCGGCUACCGACAGGGUAGCACACAAGGCUUCUUUUCUGCCAUGUCUGAUUUGUACCACUACUAUGAUUUGUACUCUACCCGCAAAUAUGUCGAACAAUUCUCUAAUGGUGUCACCAUCAUGGGCUUGUACCUGAACCCAUUGCCCAACGCCAGAGCCGUUCCCAUUGAGCACUCCAUCUACCAAGUCAUGAAGGAAACCUCACUCUUGUACUGCUUGCCCACCACGCCUCUCCAAGAAUUCUUCAAAACCAACAAACUCUCUGUCCAAGAAACCGUCUAUGGCUACGUCUGCUGGAUCUUUUCACAACACUUUUUGAACCGACUCGGCAAGGAAUACCUCAGUCUGACCAACAUUCUGGACAAGGUCAACCCUGUGCACGAAGAAGUGUUGACCAAGAUGAAGAAACGUUUGCGCCAGGACACCUUUACGCGUGAAUACAUUCUUGACAUUAUCAAGCAAUACCCUGACCUCAUCAAGCUCUUGUAUGCCAAUUUUGCCACUGUCCACUAUGUCAACCAGCGCGAGGCCUCGAUUCAGCCUACCAUCUCGUACCAACGUCUGACCACAGUUGAGAAUCUGACCAACGAACAGUUGAGCAAGAAAAUCAAGAGCGUCACCUCGAACGCACACGAGCAAUUGGUGUUUGAAUCCUUCUUGCAAUUCAACCAGCAUGUCUUGAAGACCAACUUUUACCAAUCCACCAAGGUCGCUCUGUCCUUCCGCUUGGAUCCCAGCUUUUUGCCCGAAAUCGAAUACCCUACCAAACUCUAUGGCAUGUUCUUGGUCGUCGGCUCCGAGUUCCGUGGUUUCCAUCUACGUUUCCGUGACGUUGCCCGUGGUGGUAUCCGUAUUAUCCGCUCGCGCAACCGUGAAGCCUACUCGAUCAACCAGCGUACCUUGUUUGACGAAAACUAUGCAUUGGCCGCGACCCAGCAGCGCAAGAACAAGGAUAUCCCCGAAGGCGGUUCGAAGGGUACGAUUUUGCUCGACAUUUACCAGCAGGACAAGGCCCGUGUUGCAUUCGAGAAAUACGUGGAUUCAGUGUUGGACUUGUUGAUUACUGGCCAGACGAUGGGUAUCAAGGAACCUUUGGUCGACUUGAUGGGCAAGCCCGAAAUUCUUUUCUUUGGUCCUGAUGAAGGUACUGCUGACUACAUGGAUUGGGCCUCGCAACACGCACGUCGUCGUAAUGCCAGCUUCUGGAAGGCUUUCACUACCGGCAAGAGCCAGUCGUUGGGCGGUAUUCCUCACGACACUUAUGGCAUGACCACUCGUUCGGUCCAUCAAUAUGUGUUGGGCAUUUAUCGCACGUUUGGCCUAAAGGAAGAAGAAUGCACCAAGCUUCAGACCGGUGGUCCCGAUGGCGACUUGGGUUCGAACGAAAUCAAGAUUUCCAAGGACAAAACGGUUGCCAUUGUUGAUGGUUCGGGUGUCUUGUACGAUUCCAACGGCAUUGAGCGCGAAGAGUUGACACGAUUGGCCAACAAGCGCUUAAUGAUCAACAACUUUGACACGGCCAAGUUGAGCAAAGACGGUUUCCGGGUAUUGGUGGACGAAAACAAUGUGCAAUUGCCCAACGGCGAUGUGGUUGAAAAUGGCCUUCAAUUCCGCAACACGUUCCACACACACCCAUCGGCUAAGGCCACCGUAUUUGUACCCUGUGGUGGCCGACCUGAAUCGAUCGACUUAUACAACGUCCAGAAACUUGUCGACAACGACGGCGUGCCUCAUUUUAAAUACAUUGUUGAGGGUGCCAACCUGUUCAUUACUCAAGAAGCCCGUCUCCGUCUCGAACGCCAAGGCAUUGUAAUUUUCAAGGACGCCUCGGCCAACAAGGGUGGUGUCACGUCGUCUUCGCUCGAAGUCUUGGCUGCUUUGGCUUUCAACGAUGCCGAGUUUGUCGAGCACAUGUGUGUCAAGGAUGGUCAGGUGCCUGAAUUCUACCAAGCCUACGUCGAGCAGGUCCAGCGCAUCAUUGAGCGCAACGCAGCAGUUGAAUUUGAAGCAUUGUGGCGCGAGCAUAGCAAGUCAGGUACUCCGAUCUCUAACCUCUCGGACGACCUGUCAGUGGCCAUCGUUCAGCUCAACGAGCAGUUGCAAAACACGGGUCUGUGGGACAAUGUCCAGCUCCGUCAUGCGGUGUUGCGCAAGGCAUUCCCCAGCUUGUUGCUCGAAAAGCUUGGGCUCGAUACCCUGUUGGCUCGUGUACCUGAAAACUAUGUCAAGGCUAUCUUUGGAGCUUAUCUGGCUUCUCAGUUUGUCUACCGCUAUGGUGCAUCGCCUGACCACUUUGCUUUCUUUGAGUUCAUGCGUGAAAACUAUUACGCUGAAACCAACUAAAAGCCAUGCUCAUCCCAUCCAGCAACACAUCCUGAAACAUUCCAUAGAGAAAAAAGCACAAGCCAUUGUUCCCCUCCUCUCUUCUCUUCUCUCACUCACAUUAUUUAUCUUCUAACAAUCAUCUGUCAUCCCAACAUGUCUUCUCGCAUUACCACUUUACUGCUACAUCACAUCCACACCGCAUUAAAAUUUUGAACUAUCCUUUCACUGACUGCCGCACGAUUAUAUAAUAAAUCAAAUUCGAAUCUUGUGUACAUAU